AUGGCAAUUCAACGAGGACGUGAUAUGAAGAUGAAGUGUGGAGGCCGGAGACAGAUGAAUACAGAUAUCGAGGUUGAAGUCAUUUACAAAGAAACCAUUACACCAUCCUCUCCAACUCCUCCCCACCUGAAAUGUGUAGACCUCUCAGUUUUUGAUCAGAUAGUUCCUGAAACUUAUAUCCCACUGCUGCUUUUCUAUCCCAGUCUUGCCAAUCCUGAAACCGAUACCGAUCACCAGUCACUGGUUGCAGAAAAAUCCAGCAUUCUAAAAGCAUCACUAUCUAAAACACUCACUCACUUCUAUCCCUUAGCAGGGAAAUUCCAAUACAAUAAUGCAAUCAUUUGUGAUGAUCAUGGUGUUGCAUUCAUUGCAUCCAGGAAACUAAAGUAUCUGUUUCCAGCUGCUGUAGAAUCCACACACCUUCUUCUGGUCCAGGUCAACUUCUUUGAAUGUGGUGGAAUGGCAAUUGUAGUCAACAUUUUACAUAAGGUCGCGGAUGCUUUUACCUUGAGCACAUUCUUAAAAAGCUGGGCAGCAGCUUCCCUUGGCUCUAGUAGUAGCUGUACUACUCAUGAUCAUCCAGUGCUUCCUCCAAAGUUCGGUUCUGCAGCUUCUCUUUACCCAUCACAAGAUUUCUUAAACUCACGAAAACCUGAUUUUGUGGGAUCUGUUCAAGAAAAGUGCACAAGAAGAAGAUUCGUAUUUGAUGCCUCAAGGAUUGUGGCUCUCAAGUCCAAAUGUGCUAGUCCUGCCGUGCCACAUCCUACGCGUGUUGAAGUAGUGUCAGCACUCAUCUGGAAAUGUGCCAUGGACGCAUCGAGAUCAAACUUGGGUGUUAUAAGGCCUUCCUCGUGGUCUCAAGCGGUGAACAUGCGAAAAAGAAGAUCAGGUCACGCAUUCACAGAAAACUUGAUGGGGAAUUUUGUGUGGUCGUACACUGCAGCAAUGACAGUAAAUACUGAAGUAGAUCUUCAAAGCUUGGUUGCAACAUUCCGGAAAUGCAAGGAGGACUAUGAAGUAAACUUUCCUAAUGGGGUUACCGCUGAGCUUGCCUAUCAAAAAAUCAAAGAGUCUUGGAAGAACUUGGCAAAGGAGGGCAUAGACAACUAUGGUUGCACCAGUUGGUGCUGGUUUCCUUUCUACGAAACCAACUUUGGAUGGGGAAAGCCAUCAUGGGUAAGUACCCGUGGUUUUCAAGUCAAAAAUACAGUGGUAUUGAUGGAUGCGAAAGAUGGCGAUGGCAUCGAAGCGUCCUUGACUUUCAUAGAAGAGAAAAUGGCCAUAUUUGAAAGCAAUCAGGAGCUGCUUGCUUAUGCAUCUCUGAAUCCAAGUGUCAUUUAG